ACCGCCAACAGCACCCAUUUGGGCGGCCGACCCGCGAGUACUUCCCAGCCCAGUACUCGUCGGUGUCGCGCCCCCAAACCACCACCGACCAGGCGAGGGCGAGGGAAAGGGUCUCCACCCCCAGCAAGAUGGCAAACAUCAGCCAUCAAGCUGCGGUGGAGGCCCUCGCCAUCGACCAGUCUGCGGGCCGCCGGGCGUCUCCCCACCUCUACUCCUCCGAGGUGAUGGAGAGGUACCGUGCCCUCCAGGCCGUCCGUCAACUCGGCGGUCGGGGCACGGAUACCGAGCUCGCGGACAUGGCGGCGACCGUCCGGGACCAGACCCCUCUCUCGCGGGGCGCGGUCCGCCGCCAGGCGGUCUUCUACUACGCGGUGAUGGGGGCGACCCUGUUGCUGCCGUUCGUGGGGGCCGUCACCCUCGUCCUGUCGUGGGAUCGGGUGUUGGGGGGCCUCACCGGCGGAGAGUGCACCGGCCUCUCCUUCCACCAAAGACGCAACCUGCGCAUCAUGCUGCUUGUCGGCAUGGCGUUGUGGGUUGCGGCUUUCGUGGGGGGAUUGGUCGCAUUCCUCUCUCUGCGCGGUUGAGCGCCAAAGUGUUUCCGGUUUUUGGUGUUUUUGUACAAAUUACGAAACUACGAGGAGGAGGGGGUCCCUGCCUACGGGUAUACCUUUUUACGCCAACGUUCUUGCGGUUUUGUUUCUUUGGGGCGCGCGCGAGAAAGAAGAGAUUGAGGGGGCGCGGUGGCGGUGGUGAUGGUGAUGGUGGGCGGCGGCGGCCGAGGGGAAGAAGAAAACCCCUG